AUGAAAGGCGGAACCGACGUAGGGAAAAAACACACGAAACACAAAAAAAAUCACCACCCUUCCAAAUCAAAAGACAAAAAACAUGUGAAGCGACACCAUAAGAAACGGAGGUCAAGCAAAAAGAAAGGAAUUUUCGGGUGAGAAUAUAUACUUAAAGUUGAAAUAUCCAGUUUCAAAAAGUAUGAAAACAUUCAGCUCUUUCUCCGAAGUUUCAUUGAAAAAAUAUGCGAUUGAUUUGCACGAAUCGAAGUAUUUCAGAUGUUGUGCAAAGAAAAAGGGCAAGAAAGUUAGCAAAUCGACAACCAAGACAAAAAAGUCAAAACAACCAAAGCAACCUGCGGUAGUUGAACAACCGCCAGCUCUUGCUAAUGAAGUAACACAAAAUAUUUCGAUUUUCACUUUUACAUGUAAUUUCAGCAAAUGGGAAAUGUACUUCUCGUGAAAGAUGUGGGAGAAGCUGUUCCAAAAAGGUGA